AUGCAUCCGGGCUGCGUCAUUGCCUCACGCUGGCGAGCGCUUGUCGACCUUCCACCACAGCUGACCAGCGCCUCUGGCCAGUCGACGAUCGAGCCACCUCCAGCUUCUGCCGUCUCGGUCUUCAUCUCGGGCCGUCGCUUUGCACUGCGCAAGCUCAGGAUUGCGGUCUGCGAUGGCACCCUUGUUCUCUCCAAGGGUAUCAUCGAUUUGUCGGCGGCACGUGCCUCGCUUGGUGUCAUCCGUGGCACGCUCGAUGACGUCCGGUUGGUCUUGGACGCCGUAGUGGCGCCAGACGUGCGGCUAGUUGCCGAGUCAGAUGUCUUUGCCGUCUUCUCCAACACCGUCCUCGCGUCCAAGUGGAUCGAAGAGCCGUCGCCUGCAAGCUCGCCCGGCCCGGGCCCGUCGGCUGCCGAGGCGCACGCGGCGUCGACGCCAGGUUCGUCGAGCAUGACCGAGACGGUCUCGCCACCGAAUCUGUCGGAGGCCGGCGAUCACGUGGUCCUUGUCGCGCUUGGCGCAGUCGACCUCGAGGACGACGGAUGGCACAUGUGGCGCGGCAACCUGGCGUCGUUCUCUUCGCUCGAGGCGCUCAUCGCUGACCUCGGGCAGACAGUCGGAAUGUCGACGCUUGCUCCUGGCACCGUCGCCGGUGCUCGCAUCCACUGCUCCGACUUUGGGGCCUGGGUCUCACUCCGGUCGGUUUCCCGUGACUCGGAUUCGAUUGUCCGGCUCGAUCGCGCACGCAUCCGGCUCCCCCAGGCUCAUGCCGGGCCAGCGGUAGGCGCCGCGGCGGCGCUGGCGCCGAUGUCAGGGUUAUCUCUGGAUCCUGCGCUCCUGUCAACGAUCCAGAUGGACUGGUCACUCAACGACGUGCUUGGCAUGUCUACUGAUGCCUUUGGGUUGCCGGGCGACGGGUUGCUGGCGGCGUCGAUGCAGCAUGCGCUGGUCUCGCAAUACGCGCCGCAGCUGAGCAACUCGCUCGUUCCUCCACCACGACUGCGGAUUGCGACGUGGCGGGUUGUCUGUGGCGGGGUGGGCCAUCGGCGCGCGCCGCUGCAUGUCUCGACAUCGUUCACUGGCCUCCACUCGGCUAGAGUCGGCUCAGUCGAGCUCAUCUUUGGCACCCAUCGGUUCGAGCUAGAAGCGGAUCCAACAUCUUCUGUGGUCGUCCGCACCUCGUCGAUUGACGUCCUGGUCCUCCUUCCGCAGUCUGUGGUGAUCGAGCAGGCCCGACGGUUUGCUUGCGCUCGGUCUCGCGCUCCCCGCGUCGCGGCCGACAUUCCGGUCACCAUCACUGCGGUGCUGACCGAUGGGACGACGCUGGCGUCCAAUUCUCGCACGUUUUCGGUCUUUUGGCACGUGGCACGUGGCAAGCGGACACGGACGACUCGAGCAUCGGGCUCAGGCUCGCAUAGCUCGGAUGGAUCGGACGACUCAACCUCGCACUCGCGAAGACGGCGACACUUGCUCAUCGACCACGAGCGAAGGUCAUCAUCGACCUCGACUGCGGCGCCGUCGCCGGGCUCGUGGUCCUCCGGCUCGGGCUCACCGUUUCUCCACCAGUAUGCGCUUGGGACGGGUGCUACGAUCGAGCUUGCACACGUCAAGCUCAUUGGCUCGACGCCUCAGCUUGCACAUGCCAUCGGAGCCUAUCUCCCGUCGACACUCGCGGAUGAGUCACUGGAUUUGCCACUCGCGGCUGAUCUUGCAGUUGCGCUGGUGUGGGCGGCCGAGAAGCUGAACUCGACGGCGGUGGCUGCGGUUGGCGCGGCGGUCGAGCGGCGCGGCUGGCCGCUGCUGGUCACUCCCGGCGCCGCGUUUGGCAUCUGUGUUCUCGAGGCUGUGCUCGAUAAGCCGAUGCUCCUUGCUGCGCUCCUGGCCUCGGUCUCGAUAGGAGAUGAGCUGCCGGAGCUCGCCGUGGAUGGCGUCCGAGAUGCCACGGUUGCCGCGGUUGUCGGCGGUCAUCCAGUGUCGUCGCUUGUCCUUGGCGAGCUGCACGCGAUUCACGGGCUCGCCGGUAGCGACUUGGUAGGGCUGGCGCCCAAUGCCGGGUUUGCGGCGUACCUGUGGCUGACGACCGUGGCGAAGCCACCGCUUCCGCACGCAGCUGCACUCGGAUUCUUGGAACGGGUUCAGACGGUGCUGGAGGCGCAGUCGCCUGCGUCGUCGCCGUCAGUCACCGCAACGUGCUCGGACGUCAGCUCGGACUGCAUCGAGCUAGAUGAUGUCGGCGCAUCAUCAGAGCUGCAAAGCUGGACAUCGAAGAACAUGCCGUACAACAGCGGUGGCAUGGACAGCAUUCCGUUGGCGGCACUCUCACUCGCGGCGCCCGGCAGGCAUGAUGGCGUGCUGCGGCUUGGGGUGGUGGCAGCCGGCCGGUCGUCGCCGCAGCGGCCGGAGCCGGAGCCGGAGCCACAUCAGGCAACCCAGACAUUUGAUGCCGUCAAGGUGCCCAAGAACGAGACCAAGCCACGGCGGCAACGGCUUGUGAUCCUGCCACUGGUGCUGGCAGGCGUGCUCUUGCUGGUCACUGCCUUUCUCGGCGGAGUCAUGAUUGGCGGGGAACUGCAGCUCGGCAGCGGCCACGACACUUUGGGCGCUGCGCCAUCGCCGACGCCCAGCGUGCCGGACCAGCUGCCUGUGGCCGCGCACUCUGCAUCGCCACAAAGGACACCGUCUGAAGUUGCUGCCACGUUUGAUGCCUUUUCAGGACGGGUACCUGUCAACGGAGUGGUUGACGCCUUUGCGGUCCAUCGCAUCCGAGCGCGCGGUCACCUAGUCUGCCAUCUGGUGACUAACGAUAUCGGCAGCGCGAUGUCGAACACGUCCGGGGUUGUGCAUGCCGGUGGAGCCAAAAUGUGUGCAGCGCUGGCCCGGGCAGUCCUCGGCCAGCCGACGAUGGUGGUGGUCGGCGGGUUUGGGCUGCGGACCGACGCCGACGUUGUCUUUGGCCUCGCGUCAGAGCUGAGCUCGGCGUUGGCGACCAAGCCGGCGGCGGCGACUGCGCCGUUGCUUGUCGACGGCCUGACGGCGGUCGGCGUUCGCAACGGGCUCUCCAAGCCGACGCAGUUGGUGACGCCUGAGAAGCUGCUGGCGCGGGCGACGCGGGUCUGCGUCCCGCCGGAGCACGUCGAUGUGAUUGCUGCUCUAGCUCCUACACUCAAUCCGUUGAUCACGUCAUCGGUCCGAGCAGCGAUGGACACGCUUGCGUCGUUCAAUCCGGCGUCAGUGAGCAGCGGCGACUGCGACGUGGUGCUCGGGCACUGGCUCGAGCUCACCCACGAGCUCGUCCGGCUUUCCCAAGAGUCGAGCCCACUCUUGCCGAGCAGUGUCGUGUUUGGCUGGCCAGUCUUUGCCGUCACCGACAGCUACGUGGCAGCGAAUCCACGACCGGGUGAAGUGCGGUGGACGGCGGUUCUAGCCGAGAUGCGCAACGCGCUAGUGGAUGGGGCAGCGGCGAGUGUGGACCCGACAAGCGCAAUGGGUAUGACAUGCUCGACAGAACAGGUUUGCGUCGACGACGACGACGACGACUUUGGGCCGAUGGCGAGCGAUUCGGAAUGCGUCAACAUUGAGUGGCUCUGCCAUCUCGAGGCAACUCCAUCGCGCGUCAACGCGACGGCGUCCCGCCCGCUGGACCUUGCGUCCCGACUUGACAUGCCCGAGCUGGUCAACGCGACAGAGCCGGUCGGCUCGUACGACCGGCUGUGGGCGUCGGUGUUUGGCGAGUCGGUGUGGGAUGUUGUGGCCGGAUUUGGUUCGAUCAAUGCGGUUUGGAGCCGCAGCGGCGCGAUGAUCUCGACCGCGCCCGUGAGUCUGGAGCUCAUCGACGUGUCCGAGGUCUUUGUCAUGACUGUCGCCGGCGCGCCGGCCAACGCGAUCGAUCCUGUGGCUGCCGACCGCGAGGUCGCUACCUCACGGCUGGAGGAGCGCAACUCGAAGCUUGCCAUUCCGCUUGCCCUCUCCGUCUGCUUUGCCUUUCUCGCCCUCGCCGUCGUCGCCAUCGUCGCGUCCAAGGCGCUCUCGGCGCGCACCGCCGAAUCCGAGACCCCGCCGUCCGCCGACCACGAGAUGACGCAAAUCUAGCACCUGUCCGCCGACCAACAACCCAUUGUCCGUCCUCAACCAAGCCAUGAACACAGAGUGCAACCUGCUCUUCCUGAACUCAUCUUGCCCCCCCCCCUCCCCCGCAAACUACAUUUUCCGUACACUGUCCGCACACGUGCGACACGAGCCCUUUGGCCACCGUCGGUCUUGCAC